GAGAGAGAGAGAGAGAGAAAGAGAGAGAAAGAGUGUUCCUGCCUGCAUCUUUUAAGUCCACCUCAAUGCAAAUCUCGGCCAUUCACAUUUGCGCCCCACAAAAUAUUAGCGACCGUCAGGUGGCGCAGAGGACCAGAUGCGACGAAUUAAAAAAAAGAAAGAAAAAAAAGAAAGAAUUAAGCGAUUUAUUUAUUUGCAUCCGAAACGAGCUGCACCGGGGUCUCCUCAUCCUGCAUGCGGAUGGACAGACGCAUCUUUAUCCUGGGAAAACCGAGCGCUCUCCCGUCCUGAGCUCUUCUUCCACACUUGGCAGGAUUAUGAAUGAUGGAGUGUAAUUCUUUCCUGUGAUUAAAUCCUCCUCUGGAUCCUCUCCGGUCUUAAACAUGGAGCUGGCGGAGAGGAGACGGAGCCGGAAAUCACAGAGCUUUAAACUGAUCAGCGACUCAGGUCUUCUUCCUCUAGAUUAUGGACAUACGUCUGACAGUGUGGAGCACAUGGACACGGACAGUGAACUUCUGGAUGCCUCUGAGAAUGAAACAUGGCUAGGUGAGGAAGGCAUGGAGAUUAAGAAGCAGAUUACGGGCAUGAUGCGGCUGCUGAGUGAUAAGGCAGGACGUGUGUACCAGAGAGUGGGCAGAGAGGGGGAAACACUUAAAGAGGAGCCACAAGAGGAGGGUUUGAGCUGGACUUUGAGUCACAAGCAGGACCCUGAAGAGCCUGAGCAUGGCUGGAACUCAGUGUCCCACAGUCAGUAUGACACAAGAUCCAAAACCCAGAAGAUGCUGGACCAGGGCAAAAGCAGAGACUUUGCUCUGCCCUCUGUGCCUGCCAGCUUGACGACAGAGUCCAGCUGCUGCAUGUGCAAUUGUAAGAGCACUCUGCAGGCCAUUCUGCUGGAGUUACGCACAAUGAGAAAACUCAUGCAGACUCAGAGAGGCUCACCGGAGAAACAGCGUGCUGUGGCCAGCGCAUCUCCCACCUGCAGGAGGAGAUCUCGUAAGAAGAGGGCAUUGCAAAGAAUAAUAGCAACAACCCCAUCCACAAAAACUCCCACACCUUUACACACUCCCAUGGUCGUUGAAUCGUUUGAGAAGAUUGGCCAUGAAACAACUGAAAAUAAAGAGGAUGAAAAGAAAGACAGGGUUGUGCCAUGCCCUCCGUCGACACCCACAUCUAAUCCUCCAACCUCAGCUCAGUACUGCCUGAACAGAGAUCAGAACUGCACAGAGCUGGAAGUGCAGCUGGCAGAGGAAUAUGAAGUGUUCAUCCCGAAGGCACAGCUGGACUCCAUCCUGCUGAACUACACACGCUCGGGCAGUCUGCUCUUCCGUAAGCUGGUGUGUGCCUUCUUCGAUGACGCUACUCUCGCUAACUCCCUGCCCAACGGCAAGCGGAAGAGGGGUCUGAAUGACCAGAGGAAAGGACUGGACCAGAACAUAGUGGGAGCCAUUAAAGUGUUCACAGAAAAAUACUGCACGGCAAACAGGAUCGAGAAGCUUCCUGGGCCACGAGACUGGGUCCAAAUCCUUCAAGACCAAAUCAAACUGGCUCGACGGCGCUUAAAAAGAGCGGAGACGUCUACAGACUGUGAUGAGAUCAGCAGGACAUGUACAUAUAUAACAGGUGCUGGUUGUCAGGUAGCUGUGCAAAAUACUUAAGAUGACUCCUUUUUUUCUCAUGGAGAGCAAGCAGUUUGGACUGCACCAUGUUCCAGUGAUAUUGCAAGUGUUAUCAAAGGCCUCAAGGUCAUUUUGUUCUUUGUGCAAGGGCUCAAAGUAUUUAGGCAGAAGAAAAUUGUGCCAUUUUGUUAAUCAAGGACUAGAUGAACUUGCUCAUUCAACAACAGAAACCUCCCUCUCUGAACUCUCUGACUUCCCUACAUACACUGAUUAUAUUUUUAUGUUUCAAUACAAAUGCUUCUUGUUAAAUUGUGUGGUUUUAAAUGUGUGUGAAUGACAGAUUGUUGAGUCGGUGGCAUAAUGUAUGAUGCGUUUUUACUUCCUUUUACCUCAUUGAAGCACUUCACCAAACCAAGUUCUGAUGAUAAGAAAUUUAUGACUGUGUGCCUUUAAUUCAUUCUGCUGUAUGAAGUAAAAUCCUCUGCAGUAGGGGAUGCACCAAUCCAAAUGGAUCCUUUUAGGAGAUUGAUAUAAGAGUCGACUCUGCAAGCUUCUGUUAUGUGAAACAUCAGAGGUGUGAUGGUGGGUUCAUUUAUGACGAGCUGUAUCCUAUGUCCAAGCACAAGAUCACAAAAUUGUCCAUGGAUCAAAUUGUGUGGCAAAUAUUUCAAAUCUAAUCUGAUACCAGUCUAGCAUUUCAGGUUUGUUUCAGCCGUGAUAUCGGUACACAGCAUUGGAUUGGUACAUCCCAUGUCCAACUGUAUCCCAUGUCCAAAUGUCCAACAUUCUUCUAAUGAGCAUUUUACUCCACUGUUAUAACAGUUGACAUAAUCUAUAUUGUACCAUUUUCUGCUAGAGUUUGUAACAUCCUCUUUGCGCAGUAGACAGUGUAUCAGUACUGUAACCCCAAGAGCUGUGCCUAAUGACUUGUGCUAAAUUUCUCCCAGUGUAAGAGGAUGUAUUUAUGUAACGUGCACAAUUGUGUGAAUUAUGUCCCACAUCUUAGUCACAUGGAUUUAAACUUCACUCACUUAAAAUUCUUCAUUGUUUAUUGUACUAUGUGCACAGAUUGUCAGAUGUCAAGUUGUUUAAAACCGUCAGAAAAAAAUAA